UAAUUAGUAGCGCGAUUUUUGACUACGCAUGAAUGCCUAGUCAAUCAGUUACCGGCGUGGUCGUUACUUCAAACCAAACACUUGAUAGUCCAGUGGAAAAGCAAGCAGCAAGAGACAUUCUUGCCGGAAACAAUGGGGUCUCGCGCUCGCUUCGCCUCGCUCCUCUCGGCCUCCUUCCUCCUAUUCCUCCUGCGCAGCGCCGAGCCGCUCGGGCUCCGGCAGCAGACACCGCUCGCCGGCGGCGAGCUGCUGGGCGUCGCCGGCAGGUACCUGACGCGGGAGGAGCGCUGGAUGAACCAACGCCUCGACCACUUCUCCCCCACCGACCACCGCCAAUUCAAGCAGCGGUACUUCGAGUUCCUGGACUACCACGGCGCCGCCGCCACCGGCCCGGUGUUCCUGCGCAUCUGCGGCGAGUCCUCCUGCGACGGCAUCCCCAACGACUACUUGGCCGUGCUCGCCAAGAAGUUCGGCGCGGCGGUGGUGACGCCGGAGCACCGGUACUACGGCAAGAGCUCCCCGUUCCAGAGCCUCAGCACCGAGAACCUGAGGUUCCUCUCGUCCAAGCAGGCGCUCUUCGACCUGGCCGUCUUCCGCCAGUACUACCAGGAAACAUUGAAUUCUCGGCACAACCGCAGCUCGGGAUUUGAGAAUCCAUGGUUCGUCUUCGGAGUCUCCUACGCCGGGGCUCUCAGCGCCUGGUUCAGGCUCAAGUUCCCCCAUUUGACAUGCGGAAGCCUCGCCAGCUCCGGGGUGGUUCUUGCCGUGUACAACUUCACCGAUUUUGACAAGCAGGUCGGGGAGUCGGCUGGCCCUGAAUGCAAAGCUGCCCUUCAGGAAACAACUAGACUUGUCGACGAACAGCUUCGGUCGGAUAGCCACUCGGUGAAGGCUUUGUUUGGAGCACAGACGUUGAAAAAUGAUGGUGACUUCCUCUUCUUACUGGCAGAUGCGGCAGCGACAACAUUCCAGUACGGGAACCCUGAUGCCGUGUGCUCCCCGCUAACCAAUACAAAGAAGAAUGGGAAAGAUUUGGUGGAAACAUAUGCUCAGUUUGUGAGAGAUUAUUACAUCAAAAAAUUGGAAACAACAGUAUCUUCAUAUGAUCAGGAGUAUUUGAAGGAAACGACUCCUGAUGAUUCUAGUUCUAGGCUUUGGUGGUUCCAAGUUUGUAGUGAGGUUGCCUAUUUUCAAGUGGCACCAAAGAAAGAUAGUGUUCGUUCUGCAAAGGUCAAUACAAGGUACAAUUUGGACCUGUGCAAAAAUGUUUAUGGGGAAGGCGUUUAUCCAGACGUGUUUAUGACCAACUUAUAUUAUGGGGGUACAAGUAUUGCUGCUUCUAAAAUUGUGUUCACAAAUGGCUCUCAAGAUCCAUGGCGUCAUGCCUCCAAACAGAAAUCAUCUAAAGACAUGCCAUCUUACUUGAUUAAAUGUAGCAACUGCGGACAUGGUACCGAUUUGAGAGGAUGUCCCCAGCUUCCUUUCAGGAUCAAAGGUGACUCUUCAAACUGCACGUCCCCGGAAGCUGUGGACACAGUAAGGAAGCAGAUCACCAAGCACAUCGACCUGUGGCUAUCACAAUGCCAUGAACCAACAAGGGCAUGGUGAGGCGACAGAUGAGUUGACAGAGGAAGGAACAAUUUCAAGUUCGCUAUGUUCAAAAAAAGAUGCAAGUUUGCGACAUCGUUAAGCUGCAGACAGAGUCAAUCAUAUGCGAACUUGACAGUAUCCAGAUGCGAGGGCGCGUAGGUUUGUCUGAAUCAUCACACAAUUCACAAGGUGGAAGGUUGUUUGCGCUUGUACCAUCAGCGGCUUGAGCUGAGACUCUGAUGCACCAGCUAUUUCUCUAAUUAUUACUUCGAUGUUCCUCCUGUUACGUAAUGGCUGUUUUUUUUUA